GGCGGGUGUCCACCUCUUCCCGCCGCGUCCUGGGUCGUGAGCGCGCGGCCGGCUGGGUCUCUGCUGGGUCCCCGCGCGCUGUCGGCUCGGACGGAACUGCGGAACCGGGCCGAGCCCAGGCAGGUUUUGCGGAACCCGACCGAGCCCGGGCAGGGCCCCCGGGCCGCCUCGGCGCUGCCGCCUGGGCGCGCCUGCUGCUGCUCCCGCAAGCCCCGCACGGCCGCGGAGGGGCCAGGCCCGGGGCCCCUGAGACGGGCGCGGCGGGGAGCCGGGAGGUAUUGCCGAGCUCCGGAGCACUGCGUGCCAGCCAGGUCACAGGUGGGAGGCCGGGUGCCUCACCUGGAUGGCAGGUCGGCCCGACUGGAGCUUGGCUGCCUUUGGAAAUACUCCUGUCCACACCUCAGUUGGCCCCGAUGGUGAGAACACAGUGAAGGAGACGCAGCUGCGGAGGUCAGGCUCAGCGGUGCAGCCAGGGGCGGAGGUCGGCGGGACAUCGGCCGGUGUCUCCAGGUUCCAGAGACCUUCUCAUGGGAGGGCAGAUAAGUGCUUCUGGAAGCUUCCACAGUCUGCCCUGCCCCAUGGAUAAUGCAGACUGGAUGUCAGCACUGUGUCCUCGGCUCUGGGAUGUGCCCCUCCACCACCUCUCCAUCCCAGGGAGCCACGACACCAUGACGUACUGCUUGAACACAAAGUCCCCCAUUUCCCACGAGCAGUCCUGGCUGCUUCAGCUUCUGGGCAAGGUCCUGCCGUGUGUCACCCGCCCUGUGGUGUUGAAGUGGUCCAUCACCCAGGCACUGAACAUCACUGAGCAGCUGGAUGCUGGGGUGCGGUACCUGGACCUGCGGAUUGCUCAUAUGCUGGAGGGAUCCGAGAAGAACCUGCACUUUGUCCACAUGGUGUACACGACUGCACUGGUGGAGGACACACUCACCGAGAUCUCUGAGUGGCUGGAAAGCCACCCCCGAGAGGUGGUCAUCCUGGCUUGCAGAAACUUUGAGGGGAUGACGGACGACCUGCACGAGUACCUGGUGGGCUGCAUUAAGAACAUUUUUGGCGACAUGCUGUGUCCCCGAGGGGAUGUACCUACACUGCGUCAACUAUGGGCAAAGGGUCAGCAGGUGGUCCUGUCCUAUGAAGAUGAGGAUGCUGUGAGCCGACACCAGGAGCUAUGGCCAGGGAUCCCCUAUUGGUGGGGCAACAAGGUGAAGGCCCAGGAACUGGUCUGCUACCUGGAGCAUAUGAAGAGCUGUGGACGCCCAGAUGGACUGUUUGUGGCGGGGAUCAACCUGACAGAGAACUUGGAGUACGUCCUCGUGCACCCAUCCAAGUCCCUCAAGAAGAUGACACUUCCCAGCCUGCCAUACCUGUGCGCGUGGGUCCGAGAACAGUAUCCUGGGCCCGGUGGGCGCUGCACCAACAUUAUCGCUGGCGACUUCAUUGGUGCUGACACUUUUGUCAGUGAUGUCAUCAGGCUCAAUGAUAAGCUGCUGGGAUGCUGACCAGUCCCACCCUUCUGAACAUACACUUGACCAGAAUGCAGGGAAUAGAGGGGCCCCAGGAUGGGGCCAUGGUCUCUGCUGCUUUGGCCCAGCAUGCCCAUGGCAGGAGCUGGGCUCCCCAUUCCUUAGGGCUCCUUUCGCCUUCGGUACUGAUGAGCAUGCUGCCAAAUAAAGGCAGAAUCAGGUCUACCAGGAUGGGUGGUCCUAGAGAAGAGCUGGGGCGUGUCUGUUGGGUUGGAAGAAGUCUUAGGGCUGAGUCAUGUGCAUUGUGGAGAAAGGUGUAUUGGUUGGAAAGGGGAGUGAUGUCAGGGCCCCCUGAGAAAGCCACUCUUAGGAGCAGAAGGGAUCCCCUAGCUCUAAUCCUGAGGAAGCUGUGCUCUUUCCCAGCUCUUGUUUGAAUCUGCUUUUCCAGCAGUUGACGGGGUGAGAUAUGGGGGAAUCUGUGCCCCAAAUGAGGAGAGUGUAGUGUUUGCUCUUCAGAAAUGGACAGAGGCCUCCCAGGAUGCAUCAUCAGUAGGUGUGAGGAAGCCAGUGGCAGGGGUGUUUUGAGGAAUGGCCCAUGCAAGCCUGUGGCCAGUCUCCAGUUACUCCUGCAGCACCCAAAGACUCGCCUCUGCCCCUUCAGAGAGGAUCCAGACCUGCCUCCUCCCUUCACCCACACUCAGGCCAGCAAGAGGCUUCCCAUUCUACAGUGCUCCAGAAAUGAAGCACUGUUCCUUCCCACUGUGACUCUCCCCUCACACCUGUUCCCUCAUACCUGUCUCGCCUCAAACCUUGUGACUGUCCUCUCACACCUGUCCCCUCACACCUUGGUUUCCCCUCACACUUGAGUCUCCCCUCACACCUGUGACUGUCCACUCACAUCUGAAUCCCCCCUCACAUUCAUAACUGUCCUGUGACUCUCCCCUCUAACACAUGUGUAACCUUAUCCCUCUGCCACUCUAGUCCAUCACCUCUACCUCCACCACAUACCUGUGAUCCUUCCCUUUCCCCCAAAGUGACAGUGGAUAUUUAUCAGCUUUCUUGGGUCUGUUAUCCAUUUGGCAUCCAUUCCUCAUGGCACCCGUGAUAUGAACACAGCACCCAUUUGAGACCUGAAACCUCAGGAGCCUACCCUCAGCUGGCUGAUCCCUGGAAAUGAGCAGUUUCUUGGUGCAGUGGGCACCUCCCACUGAACUGGGCACUGAGUGUUCCCCUGCCGCAAAUUUCUCAGGGCUGGUGCACUCCUGUGGCCCAGGCCUGCCAGAAUCAGCAGAUGAUUCUCACCUGUGCUGCCUUGCCUGCCUGUCCCUGGGAAUGCACAGCCUGUUUCCCAAACACGUUCUGCUCUCCCAUGAUCCUAUGUGGUGUGCCUCUCUUGUGGGAGAUGGGAGGGACCUUUCUCCCAAGGGCUACAUGUCCAUGUACCCCACCCACUCUUAAGAGACUCCAUCUCACUCAAUCCCUUGCUCUGCUUUUCGGCACCAGCAUCCACAUCAGGAACUCAGAGCCACAACCCAGCUCCUCUUGUAUAUAGAGCUUCACCAAACUGGUGUGAGUUCUUUGCCAAAGGGCAGAUUUAACCCAGGCUCACUCCAUUCCAUCUCCAGAGGGUCCCAAGAAUCAUGUGUAUGUCCUGUCCUGGAACAUCCCUUCUACAGCAAAAGGAUACUGGACAGUCAACUUUCUUAGGCCAGUCUUGAAAACGACUGUCCACAUUGCAGCAUGUUCUCUUGGGAUCAAACCUAUCAUUUUCACAAAGAUCUUCUGGCAUCUUUUGUCACCGGAUGCUAUGAUCUUUCAAAGACCUCAAGAAUCCAGAAAGACAAACUCACAAGCCGUCCCACUGGCUGCCUCAGCCUGUUUCCUGGGUCAGAACUCCAAAGCAUUUAGUCUACAUGGCUGAGAAGAAGGACCAUGCAUGGCCACAGAUCCAUGGCUUGAUAGUCAUGUUUCCCUCUAAACCCACAAAACUGUGGUCACCUCAGGCCUGUGGUUGGAUGGACUCCACAUGAACCAGUUCAUUCUAUAGAAGUCAGGAGGCAUCGGGCAGACAGGGUUCUGGCUGUGCUACCCACAGCAUUGUUGGCAGCAUUCAUGAAAAUACACAGGAAGGGAUUUCCAAAAUGCUGACAGAGCACUUACUUCAGGUCAUGCAGCCUAUAAAAAUGUGCUUUUAGUUUGCUAUGGAAAGUCAGAACUGGAUCAAAAAUUUGAGUUUCCCAUUUUAAGCUUGCCCAUGAGGCCUGAUGUGUAGAUUCUGCAUUUCGGUUUUACAGAUGAAUGUCUGAGAUCUGUGCGGGGAGGGACAUGCCCUUCAGAAAGUUCCACUCUGUGAUGACUCGCAGCCAUACACACACCUGCACCUGUGGGGAAGGGCCCUUCCUUAUUUCCGGUCAAUAAAGGUCAAAGCAUCACACAA